CGAGGGCUCAGCUAUUUUCACCAUGAAAUUGUUCAAGUCUGUUCAUACGUACGAUUACCCAUGGAGCUUAGUCUCUGCAGCGAACUGGCAAAAAUACCCCAAUGAGCACUGUUCACAUGUGUAUGCUGUGGAUGUCCUCGACAGAAGAGUAGAGCCUGAUACGGGCGUUCUCAUAACGGAAAGGCUCAUUACAGUGAAGCAAAAUGUACCAACUAUCAUUCUUAAGCUUAUGGGCACAGGAUAUACCCAAUACGUUCGAGAGAUAUCCCGCAUUGACCCAAAGUCAAAGACCCUGACAAUGGACAGUAUCAACUUGACAUUAUCCAGCUAUAUGAGCGUCGCCGAGUCUAUCGAAUACACAGAACAUCCCUCAGAACCUGGAAAAACUCAGUUCACGCAACAGGCUGCAAUUUCGGCUGGUACUAAACUUGCAAGAUGGGCAAGCUUAGUCGAAGACUUUAGCGCCAAGCGCUUCCAACAAAACGCUGAUAUCGGUCGUGAAGGAUUCAACCAAGUCCUCCAACGCUUUGUUGUGCGAGCAGAAGCAUCUGCUGCCAACCAGGCUUCAGCAGCUUCAUCUUAAAACACAUUGGCAUACCAGUGACCGGGGGUUGUACCCAUGGAGCGCUUGCUGCAAGGUGCAUAGCCCAGCGCGUACUUGCUUUUGUCAACACACAACAACCCGUAGCACGCAAAAUACUAGACCUAUACUACCACCAUUAGACUACUUCAGUCCGAAAACAAUUUUCCUUUGAUGUUUUUCAUCUGUAUCAUAUCCUCUCACCUAAAAGUAUAUCAUGUUUUGAAACAACCAUCAGACAUUAAAAGAAUCAAACCAAACGUAAACAAAUUGUGCCGUUUUGACAUGUUAAUGAAAUUCUUACGUCAUGUUUAAAUUGG